AGCAAAUGAGCAGAAGGUGACUCACGCAGAAGACGAUUUGUUAAAACUUAAGACGACGGAGGAUAGUGUCCGCAAUAGCAGUUACUCUGACAAGCCUGACCCAGGUUCAACACCAACAACAGAAAACGCAACAACAAGAGAAUGUACCGGGAGUCGUGCUUUUUACACUUUGAAGACCUGUCAGCCAGUUCGCGUGUGUCAACGAGGAUUCAACUAUUGCAUACCGAAAAGAUAGCGAUAUGAUUUCUAACAGGGCUGUUUUUGUUUCUAACGAACCGAUAAAGCCAUUGAAACUAUUUGAGCUAAACAUUGACAAAAUUAAAGUACAGGAAAUUUCCUCAAUGGAACUAGGUGUUUGUAUGUACAACGAAUUUCCAGAAGGUACAUUUUAUGCUGGAAAGAAAUAUGGCCAAGGAAGAGGAUUCUGGUUUUUAAGUGAAAACAAGCUGUGUAAAGAUUUUGCAAGUAUUGGUGGCGGUUAUAAACUUAACCUAUGCAAUAUACGUGUUAAUGACAGAGUAGGGUUUGUCAAAUAUCCAGACGGAACUAUGGGUUUUCUGUAUAACGGGCAAUACCAGGGAAUUGCUUUCCGCAAUAUACCAGAAGGUGUUUAUGGAUUGGUUGCUAUAACUGGAAAAUGUGUGAAAGUAUCAAUAUCUGAUAAUUCUGGGAUUAGCAUUCAAGAAGAAACAUCAGUUCAUACAUUUAAUGAGCCAAUGGAGUCAUUUUCUGUUAGGACAGCCGAUGCCAAAUCGGUAAGGUUUUCACGAUUACGUCAGCCAUAUGGACUCGACUUUAUAAACGAAGAAACACACAAGGAAAUGAAAGAUGUGUACAAAGAAACAGAGAUUUCAGAUGAAACAAAGAAAAAAGAGCAUAUUGAAUCGGAAAAUAAGUUUAAUCCUAUUGUUAAUGCUGGACUACAAGCCAGAAAUGAUGGAUACUCAACUGAAAGCAACCUGCGGACAGUCAUUAAAUUGGCUUUGAAUCUGUACAAUAUCCAUAGUAACUCAAUCACCCGCAUUGACUCAAUCUCAAAGGUUCCAAUACAAGGUAUAGCAAAUCUUGUCAAAAUAUUUGGUGACACGUUGAACAUUCUUCAACGGAAUAAUCCACCACCGGAGGCAACAAACAUUUUGCCUAACCGACUGAAACAAAUAUUCGAUGUAGUGAGGCCAUGCUUUGAUAAUAUUCAAGACAUGAGUGGGAUUGUUUGGACUGGAAGCACAAGUGAGGGUUUUGCAAUACCAGAUAACAGUGACCCUGACACACCUUACAUAGACCAGGAAAUGGACCUUAUGAUUCCUCUCGCCAUGGCCACUGAAGGUUCCCAAAAGGGUCCUUCAGAUAUGGUUGCGAUGCAAAGUUGCAAAGCCAAUGAAAAAGACAUUUUUAAGAGGGAAUAUGUGGUAACAGAACUAGAAAAUAUUGGAAAGCGUCAACUGUCUAAAGAUUUCCCAUCCUUUAUUUGGAUUCCUUCAAGCAAUGCUGGUUAUGUAUUCAUCAUUGUUCCAGAAAGUAUGCAAUCUUGCAUUAGUGAAGAUUUCACCAAACACGUAUGCGCACGUUCGCACGAAACUAGUAAUCUGUUUUUAACGCGUUCAAAGCUACUUGCUAUUCAAGAGGAGUACACUAGAGGGCGACUUUCAGCCGUACAGUCUGAUAUUACCAGUGAGAGAAACAAUAUAGACGGUCAGUUUCAAGGUCAAUUGAAGCUUGUUCAAGAGGGACCCGUGCAGACAAUUUCGGUUAAUUAUCAGUUACAAGAAAUUGGUGGCUCUCUAUUAGAGUUCGAUCAAACCGUUGAUGUUGCUAUUGCUCUGAAAGGAGUCGAUUGGCCAACAAUCGCCAACCCCUGGAUAUCAAGAGAGCGAAACUGGCCUGAAAAGACAAUUGUGAAUAAGAUUAUUGAAGGAGGUUAUCACAUUGUUCCCAAAUAUCAUCCCGGUGGUAAUGGUAUCGACCUGGAAUGGCGAUUGUCUUUUUCCGUAGCUGAACGCACAUUAGCUCACACCUUUACAGAUAAUCAACGAAAGUGCUACAUGGUUUUCAAAAAACUAUGGAGAACGUACUUAAAGGUUCCAAAGGUUGUUUCGUCCUACCAUAUCAAGACCACUAUGUUUUGGCUGUGCGAGAGAGCAUCUUCAAGUUUAUGGAAGGAUUCUGAUUUAGGUUACAGAUAUCUGGAUCUUCAAAAUUUUCUCAUCUUCUUUUUACAAAGAAGAAAUGUACCAAAUUUCUUCAUUCCUGAGAACAAUAUGUUAAGUAAUGUAGAUCCAACUGAUAUAGAUGUAGUUUUAGCAAAAGCCCAGGACAUUCGGCGUCACCAAUUUGAACAUCAUAAAAGUCUCGUUACGCCAUCAUCGGCUUUUCAUUUUGCUUAGUACCAACAAGUAACCACACGCCACAGGUCUUGCUCUGUAAGUUAAGACUACAAAAACAAAACUUGCAUUUUUAUUUCAUUCAAAUAGACGACAUUAUUAUUAUUAUUAUUAUUAUUAUUAUUAUUAUUAUUGUUAUUAUUAUUAUUAUUAUUAUUAUUAUUAUUAUUAUUAUUAUUACAUUAUGGUUCUUAAGCAAUUUACAAUAUACCUUAUUAGGCCUAAGUAAAAAUUCAAUAAAAAAUUAUAUUUAUUUAAAUAUCGGUGUUAGGUUGAUUACUUUAGUGAAGAAAAGAACUACUUUGAAGGAGAAAAUAAUAUGCAUAACUAAUUUCGCCAAGAAGUAAUAAUUAAAGAAAUUUGAAUUGGGAUUGAUCCAUUAUUCUAAAGCCGAUAUAAAAAAUACGAAAUAUAUAGGCCUAACCUCCAUUUCAAAUUGUCUAUUUUACGUUAAUAGCAAGAUGCAUUGUACAUUUUAUUUGCAUUCAGCAUACCGUAAUUAUUGAAAAAUUAUCUAAGCCGUUUAGUUAAAUACGCUUUUUAACAUUAAAUCUGUUUUCACUAAUUUAAAGACGUAUACAAAUAAUUAAAUUGAUUACCAUCCGAUAAAAAGAGUCUAUAUAAAAUAAAUAGGCUUAAGUGUUUGUGUAUAUUAAAUGUUAAGUAGUUCACAUAAUGAAUAUUAUUUUACAAGUUUCUUUAGCUCAUCACAAAAAGCAGGUGUUUAAAUACUAUAUUGUACAUAAAUGACAAAAUGUCGAUGUAAACUUUAUAUAGGUUUUAAGAGAUUGUUGAAGUAAGCUAGUGUAUUCAUACACAAUUAUAACUCAGUUAUUUUGUCGAUUAUGUGAUAAUUAUCUAUGUUGUAUUUUGUGUAUAAGUACACCCUCUAUAUGGUUAUCAUCUGGAAAGAGGUAAACAUCCAACGAAGGUAACCGCUACCAUUAUUUCUUUGUACCGUACUCCACAAGGAAGAAUUUUAAUAGCGGCUAGUAAAUAUAACAUUUAAAUUUAUAAAUAGGCCUACUUACAAAAAAAUUUACUAUGCAGAUUAAUUGUUGUAGUUUAAUGUUAAAUGUUAUUAGAAGUAUUUUUUUUUCCUUUUGGAAAAAAAAAAGAAUUCUUAAUCUGAAUCUGGAUGUCAGUGGCGUAUAUAGGGGAUGACACCCCC